AUGGCCACCAAGCCCAAGCUAGCAACAAAGCCUGAAACAACUUAUUAUAAAACUUCGAUGGAUGCUUGUUGCACCGUCCAAGAAUUUGCCAGUUUUGAAAGGGAAAAAAGGAACAAGUCGGUGCACUCAUUGCACGUGUCUAGAAACUGGAGCCGAGCUGAUCCGAUCCGCGGGUUGAAAAUGUGGCCGUGUGGCUUGCAAAAAGGGGUGCGGCCUCGUGACGAUGCCAAUGUUGCAAGUCCGUAA